AGCACCGACAACAACAACAAAAAUGGCAGGGAAAGAAGGUGUGCAAAGUGACAACGAAGAGGAGUUUCAAGAUGCUCCACAGGUCAAGAAACCGGCCAAACAUGACUCUGUUGGUGCGGCAGAUCUGGAGAAGGUCACAGACUAUGCGGAAGAGAUGGAAAUCUCGUCACAGAGUAUUGGAGACGCGAUGCGUGUGAUGAGUGACAGGAAGGUGCAGGAGGCCAAUGAACGGCUGCAGAGGGAGCGAGAAUUAUCAAAGGUCAAGAUACGAAAAGAAGAUGUCGAUUUAAUUGUGCAAGAAAUGGAAAUAAGCGAAUCACUAGCCGAGAGGAAACUUCGUGAACACAUGGGAAAUGUUGUAGAUGCUCUUGUAGAAUUAACACAGUGAUACAUGUGGACUUUCUGGGACUUUUUCAAACAGAACAAAAAGACUGCCUGCGAGUUUUAUUCUGAAGGAGAUUGUGCUGGGUUGUGGCUUUCUGGAUAUUGGUGUGUUGUAGCUCUCAAUACCCAGAUGGACAAUUGACAUUUUCUCUUUAGUCAAGUUAAUGACUUAUAGAUCUUAUAGACCUGCAGUUUCCUUUAGAAGACAGAAUCGCGAAUAACCUCACAUUGUAUUAUGCUAAUGAUGAUAUACAUAAAAA